UAGGAUCGAAAUGACUGGAUUCAUUUGAAGUUUGAAGCCUCUUUCCUAUUUGAACUUGUUGAUUUGUCAUUCCACCCUUUAAAUGUUUAAGACAUUAAUUUAUUAAAACAAAUUAAUUUAUAAAUUUCGAAGACUCGUUCAGCUCAGCCUUUCCCCCAGAAUCGUUUCAAACCGGACUGAAAAAAAAGCACAGAACAAAUGGAGUCGGAGUCGGGCCAGGAGUGCGCCAUCCUUGAAAGGAUGUUUCUCAGCAUUGUCAUGACUGAGACUGACGAACAGUUUGAAACCUGCUUACACAAAUUCUUGCCAUACGUAUUAAAAAAAUCUGGCAGCCCGCACACAGACGUGCGCACUAAGGUUGUCGAAGUGUUGUCACACGUGUCAAAACGUGUACGCGGGACAAAGAGCAUCGUCUUGCCAGUUGAGACACUCCUGAACAUCUACGCCGACCCAAAUGCCUCUUCAUUUCAAACCAACUUCACAAUUAUCUAUAUCAAAAUGGGCUUUCAAAGAUUAAAGCACGAUGAGAGGAUUAAGUUACUCCCACAGUUAAUCCAAGUUUGUAAAAACCGCCCGGUGCAACAUCAAGAAAGCCUCUGCCUUCUCUUCUUGACAAAUCUUAAAAACUACCCGUAUCCAAAAGACAGGACAGAAAGGGCGAAUGUAUUCAACCUCAAGGAGCUUCCUCAUAUAAGAAAGCUCAUUUUGGACAUAAUUAUGGAUGUUAUGCUUUUCCCUUAUGGCUGUACAGGUCAGGACAACCUGACCAACAUAUCCGUUGAGUCUUUCAACCGUUUGACAAGGGAUGACCUCGUGGAGCUGAAUGGGGAUUAUUUCGAGCAGUUUAAAAUUACUCUUGUUCAAUUUUUGGGCAUGCUGGAUUCAACAGACGUGUACCCUCACCUUGUAGUUGCAUCCGCUGAUGACAGGUCGGCUGUAAGUGAACUGGCCGAAAGCCAGCUAAAACAAUUACCGGAUAUAAAUUAUAAUGAUUUAAACAUCGUCGCACCGUUGUAUGCUCUUUUUUUGAAAGUGGGCACCAAUGGAUCGAUGAUAACCUCAUUGAACCCGAGGACGCGCCUCAAACUUCUCCAGAACAUGAGCAGAUUCCAGGCAGUAGUCUGGCCGGCGGCGAUGAGGGUGCUCUUCGAAUCCCUCUAUGGAAGCUUUACGACUCCCAAGCUGAGAAACCACGCUCUCAACUUUGCGUCAUCCAUGAUUAGAAAUCUUUCCCAGGAUAGAAUCGAACAGGUCUGGCCAGUACUGCUCAAUGCCGGGAUCAUGAAGCUUCUCGAAGAGGAGAUGGACAGGAAGAAUAAAAUUCUAGCUCUGCAGAUACUGCCGUUGCUCAUUCUCAAGUGUUCCGACCUGGCUAAAAAAGACCUCUCUCCCAUCGAGUUCGUGUUCAGCACGAUUGAAAAUGAGGAAGAUCCGGACCUGACCAGCGCUGCUCGUGAUGCAGCUUAUUCUAUGGCAAGAGGCUACAAGGGGAUUAUGCCUGAUCAGGAAAAACUACUGUAUUCGCUCCUGACUACGAAACUCUUCCCGCUAUCCAGUGUCAAAAGUGUGACGGGGCAGCAGCUGGAAGGAAUGCGUGCGUCUAGAAUGGCCGCAGUGCGAUUCAUAUCCGAAGCUUGUAGCCACAGCCCGCUUAAAGUUUACACACUUCUCAACGCGACGGUUUUAGGGGAUGAAGACUCGUGUGCAGAAGCGACAAAGGCUCUUUAUCUAACGACCAAGUCGAAAAGGUGCGAACAAGAAGAGUUUGUAUCCAGUCUAGUCGAAUUCGAUAAACUCCUGACCCUGGUGCUCGCCAAGGAAAAGAUUACACCGCAUAGUUUCACCGUUUUGAAUGCAAUUGUUAAUUACUUGAGAUUGAGCCUUGCCAAGGAGACAUCCCAAGUCGGCGAGCUCUCCUCGGUGAUACACCCUUCAGAGGCAAGCCCUCUCGUGAGAAAAAAACUCGAGAAUUAUAAUUCAGCGGACCCAGAACUUCUACCGUUGUACCUCAAUCUUCUGGUCAAAUCCCUACAAACAGAACCAGGUGUGCCUUGUUUGUCCGCAAUUUUCGAACUCGUCGGAUGCCUACCCGAAGUCCUUUCGAACCAUCUUUUGAACAAAUUACACACAUUUUUGGAACUUGUCACCACUCAUACAAGGGAGGAAGUGAGAAUUUUAUGCGCCAAGAUCUCAGCAUUAAUCACCCCCGAGGAUCUAGCGCCGAAAACCCUUCAGAAAUGCGUCGAGAACAUAAGAACCGGGGGGAAAGACAUCGAGAAGAUUCACGGAUCGAUCUAUCUCUUCGGCUUCAUCGCCGCCAGGCAUGGCGGCGCAACAAAAGAGGGCGUGAAUGCUUUAAUCGAAUUUCUGACUCACUCGUACUUGCAAAACGCCACUGUCACUUCACUCGGCCACGCCUCCGAGACGGAGCCAUUGCCUCUCGACCAGGACGAUUUUGAAAAGCUCGUUGAUACUCUGCUCAAUAUGACGCUCGAUUUGAAAUUAACACCGAAACUCAAGGAUAGGAUAUGCACGACGCUGUGCAGCUUUUGCACAGUCGAGAUGGAUUUUCAGUUUAAACAAGUCAUAAUUGAAAAGUUAAUGGGAUCGUUGAGACAGUUCAAAGACGUCGAUUUGUGCCUUUCGACAAGUGAGGUCGUCUGCAGCGCAGUUCUAGGCAAGGCGAGCACGCUCUCGCUCAACCCGUGGUUCAGGGAUGCGGAUUCGAUUGAAAAGUUUAAAGACGAACUCGUCAAAGGCGGCAGCUUGACUCCGGCGGCUGAAAAAGCCUGCCUCUCUCUCGAAACAACCUUCAGCAAGAUCCUUACAAUGCUCAACACUGACAGGCACCCGAACACUCGUCAGGCUCUCUGCUUCUGGCUGCUCAACCUGGUCAAACAAUGUUCAUUCCUUCCCAUCGUUGAAAAAUGGCUUACAGACAUACAAAAUGGCUUUAUCGACCUUCUCGCCGACAGCAAUGAUCUUGUCCAGGAAGGAGCUGGUAAAGGACUCGCUUUCGUAUACGAAGCUACGCAGGAUGAGGAAAUGAAAUCGAUGCUGCUCAAGGUCGUCAUCGAGCAGAUAACACUAGGUCGCAAAUCCGUUGUGAAAGUCAGCGAUGACACGAAGCUAUUUCAACCCGAUGAGCUGGGCGAAACUCCUACUGGCGGAAAGCUUUCCACAUACAAAGAACUCUGCCAGCUUGCGUCAGACCUCAACCAGCCGGAUCUAAUAUAUAAAUUCAUGCAACUAGCGAACCACAACUCGGUAUGGAACUCGAAAAAAGGCGCAGCGUAUACAAUAUCAUCUCUCAUCUCGAAAGCCGGGGACCAGCUCGAGGGCCAGCUGCCGAAAGUGCUCGUCAAACUGUACCGUUAUCAGUAUGACCCUAUGCCAAAUAUCCAACGGUCCAUGUCAGACAUAUGGUCUUCUCUCGCUUCACCAGAUACAGUCGAGAAAUACUAUUUGGAAAUUUUCAACGAUCUUCUUGAAAAUUUGACGAAUGUUGCUUGGCGCGUGCGUAUAUCGUGUUCGGCUGCCAUGCAAGAUUUUAUAAGAAGGCCUGCUUGGAAUAAAAUAACAGAGAACCACCCUGAGAAAGUCGGCGAACUUUGGUCACAGCUUAUCAGAGUGAUGGACGACAUACACGAAGGGACGAGGAAUUCGGCUGUUUCAACGAGCAAAAUACUCUCUAAAAUAUGCAUCAGAGAGGCCAAGGAGGGAGGGAAAGCUGGGAAAAAAUUGGCCGGAAAUGUUCUUAAAUUGUUGCUCAAUUCUGGUAUCAAGAGUACUGUAUCUGAAAUCAGGGCGAUCAGUGUAUCGACAGUGUCUGAGAUGGUCAAGGAAGGCCUGCCAAAGGAAGACGCUCCGGUCAUAAUAGUAAACCUAUUGAAGUCCUGCGCCGACUUAGACCUGGCGAAUAUUUACGUGCCGGGAAACUCUGCGGCCGAGACGCUGGACAAGAUACGCAUACCGCUUUUGAAGAGUAACCACGUCGUACAGGCCAUUCUGGCUUGCUUGCCAUAUGUAGACGCCGAUAUGGCGAGUCAAUUACACUCAGAUCUAGUUGAUUUGCUAAAACCGUCAGCCGGGUUCGGGACGAGGAUAGUCACAGCGCAUUUUAUCGUUUUGAUGUCGCACCACUUGACGAAAGAAGAGUUUCAGCCUUUGGUCGGCAAGUUUCUCGGUUCUUUACUCUCAGGUCUGACCGACCGCAGUCCGGGUAUUAGAAAGCAGUUUGCAAGCAGCAUAGGACAACUGCUGCGUUCCGCAAAGGAUUCAAGCAUUGAACGUCUUCUUGAACGAAUCAAGAACUUAUAUUUUGAAAAAGAAGACGAAGGCGUUAGAAAGGCGAUCUGCCACACAAUCCAGGCGAUAUCGGCUCAUUCGCAAGAUAGUGUGAAAGACAAAGAAGAUCUCAUACUGCCGCUCAUUUUCUUUGCUAAGCAUGUUGAAUCACUACCAGAUGGAUCCAACAAAUCAGAAGUCGAGGAUUGGAAUGAAGUCUGGAACGACCUCGCUUAUACAAACAACGUCCUGCUCAAUAACGAGGACAAAGUGGUCGAACUGCUCAAGAGCGUUGCCGAAUCGCAGUCGUGGAAGACGAAAGCGCAGAUGUCGAGAGCGGCGAGGACGCUCGGGCUCAGGGAAGGGCUUUCGAACGAAAAGAGGCUCGAGCUGACACGCUUGCUCAUCGCGUCUCUCCCCGGCCGUACGUGGGACGGCAAGGAAAACGUCCUACACGCACUGUCCGCUAUGGUCAAAGAUCCAAAAGCGAUCAAGGAGGCAGGGGUUGAACAGGAAUUAAUCGAGUCGAUACUUAAAGAGUGUAAAAAGGAAAAGUCUGACUACAAAAUACACGCUUUUGUCGCGCUUGGCGACGUCGCCGAGGCCCUCAAUGCCGACAUAUUCGAAGAAGCGUACUCGCUACUCAAAGAUAUAAUUUUGCGCCGUGAUGAGCUCGACAACGGCGACAAAGAAGAAAAGAGCGAUUCAAAGUUAAAACUUUUAGAAACGUCUUAUGACACGCUGGGGAAAUGCUGGCCUCGUAACAUAUCAACACAGCGAAUACAUAUCGAGGAAGUUUUGAAUAAUACGAUUGAAAAACUUGUAUCGUCCACUUCCCGCGUCCAGGUUUCUAUCGUCGCAUGUCUCUGCUCGGUUAUAUCAAAGACGAGAGAUUUUCUCCGUGAUGGAGAUCCAAUCGUGGUAGGCAAAAUAUUAGAGAAGUUAAUGCAAGCAAUGGAUUAUUGUUUUAAUCUGCCGAAAAAUACCAGGCUCAAGAAAGAGGCGCUCAACUUGCUGCAAUCUUUGCAGAUAACAUUUCGAGGGAGAAACGAAAAGGAGUAUCAGCAUUUACAAGAGUUCUUCGAGAGGUUCAGCGCCACCCUGGCCAACGAGACGGCCCCAGAGCUGCGUUCGAGGUUCACCGACAUCAAGGAAAUGUUCCGCACGGAGACGCUCAUGUCAUAACAAUUCCAAAGCUACACUUGUAAAUAAGAAGGCUUUCGUUAACUUAUUUAAUAAAGAAAAACAAAUCUACCAGUACGCUGCUGGAGGUGAUUCAAUUUAAAACUAGUUUCACAUGUAAUAAAAAAAUUCUUUAUUUAAUAAAUAAUUAGCAAAAUUA